CAUGUUCUCUUCUUCUCCCCUUCCCUUGCAGUUGUGGACUGCCCUGUAUGUAAACAUCAGUGUUACCUCAAGGAUAUCGUGGAAAAUUACUUCUUGAGAGACAGCGGGGCAGAGGCAGCCACAGAUAGCAAGGAUGCCAACCAGUGCUGCACCAGUUGUGAUGACAAUGCCCCAGCUACUAGCUAUUGUGUGGAGUGCUCAGAGCCACUGUGUGAGACCUGUGUAGAGGCCCACCAGAGGGUGAAGUACACAAAGGACCAUACUGUCAGAGCCACAGGUCCAGCAAAGACAAAGGAGGGUGAGCGCACUGUCUACUGCUCUGUGCACAAGCAUGAACCCUUGGUGCUGUUUUGCGAUACCUGUGACACACUGACCUGCCGGGACUGCCAGCUCAAUGCCCACAAGGAUCACCAGUACCAGUUCUUGGAGGAUGCUGUCAGGAACCAGCGCAAGAUGUUGGCCGCUCUAGUGAAGCGCCUCGGGGACAAGCAUGCCAACCUGCAGAAAUCCACCAAGGAAGUGCGCACCUCGAUUCGUCAGGUGACAGACGUGCAGAAGCGGGUGCAAGUGGAUGUGAAGAUGGCUAUCCUGCAGAUCAUGAAGGAGCUUAACAAGAGGGGCAAAGUCCUGGUCAGUGAUGCACAGAAAGUGACUGAGGGGCAGCAGGAGAAGCUGGAGCGUCAACACUGGGCCAUGACCAAGCUGCAGCGCCAUCAGGAGCACAUCCUGCGUUUUGCUUCCUGGGCCCUAGAGAGUGACAACAAUACUGCCCUGCUGCUUUCCAAGAAACUGAUCUACUUCCAGCUGCACCGUGCCCUCAAAAUGAUUGUGGACCCUGUGGAGCCCCAAGGGGAAAUGAAGUUUCAGUGGGAUCUUAACGCCUGGACCAAGAGUGCGGAGACCUUCGGAACAAUAGUCUCAGAGCGGAGUGGUGUCCCGCAGGCCGCGGCCCCCAACGCGCAGAUCCAGCGUGCCAACGCCACCGGCCCGGCAGCGGGAGGAGGGGUGAAACAGGUCUCCGGCACUCCCCAGGUACUGGCUCCUCUUACGAAUGUCCCUCCCAUGGUCCCGAACCGGCCUGGGGCAGCUGUCUCCCAGAGCCAGCCUCCCCCUCUGCAGCCGCCAGUGCAGCCCGCCCGGAUCCUCACGGCCCCUGUGGUUAAGAGUGGUGCCGGCAGCACCUACGUACAGCCCAUGCAGCUCCAGCUGGUGCAGCCCCGCGGCCUCCUACAGAUGAACGGCCAGCAGCAAGUCAUGGGCCAGCUGGUGCUUCUGCCCCAGGUCAAUGGGACUCAGGGUGUGCAGCAAGUCGCAAUGCAGUCCACCAUUGUCAGCAAGGGACAGAUGGCCCCAGGAGCCCUGCUUCAGCCUACCAACAGCCAGGAUUGCUUCAUCGGUGAUGGUAACCUCUUGCAAUCCUCUACUGUGCAGCCCAUGGACACCCAGGAGGAAGGCUUUGGAGACCUUGCCGACAGCACUGAGGCCCAUGUUUCAGGAAUGAAGAGGCCCAGGUCCUCUGACGGCAACGUCAUGCGCAAGGUGCCUAGGGUGAGCUUGGAGCGGCUGGACCUGGACCUAACAGGCUUCCCUGGCAACAGUAAUGAGGACUACAACCUGAUUGUCAUUGAGCGUGGGGCCCAGCAGGCUGCCACUCAGCCUCCUGGUGCUACCCAGCCCGGAGCCAUCGUCAAGGAGGAGCAGAUGGAGGCGGCCAUCGAAUAUCCAACUGAGGAGCCCAGAGACACCAAGCCCAUUGUUCUGCCUCAGGACGCCCUAGCUGCCGAGGGAUCCAUGUCCCGCCUCAUCUCCCCCAGUGGCAGCGGCGGCUCGGGUCUGGACGUGACAGCCAGCCAGAACCCGGAGGGAGGCACGGGGGCAGCGAACGCUGCCCACUGCAGAGUGUGCCGGAAGGCCGGCUCUGUUGUGAUGUGUAACCAGUGUGAGCAGUGCUACCACCUGGACUGCCACCUCCCUGUGCUGCAGGAGAUCCCCAGUCAGGAGUGGAAGUGCCUGCUGUGCCAGGAACUGCCAGAGGCCGGUGAUGAGGAUGGCACCCAUUUCUCCAUGUCCGAAGAUGCGAGUCCCAAAAAACUCUCCCCCUUGGAGCAAAGGAAGUGUGAGCGUGUCCUGCUGGAGCUGCUUUGUCAUGAGCCGUGCCGGCCUCUCCACCGGCUGUCAAACGCCACAGAGGGCCAGAACACUAUUGACCUGACCCUGAUCCGAGCCAAACUGCAAGAGAAGCUCUCCCCGCCCUACGGCUCCUCCAAUGAGUUUGCUCAGGAUGUCUGGAGGAUGAUCAAGCAGUUCAACAAGCUGACAGAGGACAAGGAGGAUGUCCAGUCCAUCAUCGGGCUGCAGCGCUUCUUCGAGGCCAAGUGGAGCGCCGCCUUUGGCGACCGGAAGUUCUCCUCUGUGUUGGUGGAGCCCAUCCCACUAGAGAGCAGCGGAGCGAGAGCAGCAGCAGCUUCACCCACCGCAGCUCCCCAUCUGGCUCCCUGGGGGCUGCUGCCACUGUCUCUGCUGGCGCUGGAGAGGAGGAGUGAGGGGCUGGCCAGCAUAGACCAGAGCAGCUGCCUGGCAUUGCGUGGGCAGUGACCAAAAGCGACUGGGACUUGCCCCUUGCCCCAGGUCGCAUGGCGGCAGGGGGCCAUCCUAUCCCCCACUCCAGUUAAAUUGUUUUGUAGAUGGGGAGUCUUUCCUCUCCAUGCCCGUUCCUCUUUGCCAUGAAGUCUCUCUCACGGUUUGCAUUGAGGGUAUCACUCACCUCCCCCUCCAGUGCUGCCUUCUGCUUUGGCUCCAGGGCUCCCCCAUUCUCUGGGAUUUCAUGCAGGGUGUGGGGGGAGCUGACUGCAGGCAGGGCCAGGGCAGUGGGGGACACGGCUGGGUGUAGGGGAGAGGUAAGCAUCACUCCCUCAUCCCUGCCCACACUGGGGACCUAGCCCAGUGCCUGGACUCACCUGCCUAAGUUGUGGGAUCCUGGACAGAGGUGUUGUGCUCUGCUUCCAUGUGUUCUCUGGGCCCUGUGGGGGCAGGUGGCUCAGUGAGGAGAAAAGGAGGCUGGCAGGGGAGUUGCCCAACAGCUUGUCCUGCUGGGAUACUUCUCUGGGUUUGCUCCCUUACUGCCCAUCACAAUAUCCCGGGCACAAGCUAUUCCAAGCCACUGUCGGUCUCUAGCUGCGUCCCCUCCUCCCCCGCUUGCAAUGCCAGUGUACUCCCUCCCCCAUCCAUGCCAGGGGAAGCUACAGUUCAGUGGUUUUGUAACUGACGCCCAAGACAGGGCCAUUCCAAUUUCUGUGCCUGUCCUGGCAGGGCAGCUGCUUUCUGGCUCGGUUCCUUGUGUCUCCAUCAUGCAACGAAAUCCCAGGCUGGGCUUCGCUUGUAUAUUUUAGUUGGCUUCUUUCAUGUCCCCAAUAACUGUUUGCAACCUGUGCGAUGGAAACUUGUUUCUCUGAGAACGGAAUAAAUCUGGGUUUUAUGUAC